AUGAGUAAACUUGCAAAGGUCGGAGAACAGUCAUUCAACAAGAUAGACAAGAUCAACUCUGAAUUACUUGCCAUGACUUAUGGCUCUCUUGUAACACAAAUGUUGAAGGAUUUUGAAGAUGUUGCUGCUGUGAAUACACAAUUGGAAAAGAUGGGAUACAAGAUGGGUAUGAGACUCAUCGAUGAGUUCAUGUCAAAGAGUGGUUUAGGAUCGGGUGCAUGUCGGGAGUUUAAAGACACUGCGGAAUCUAUUGCUAAAGUUGCUUUUAAAAUGUUUUUAGGAGUGAAUGCCAAUAUCACCAAUUGGUCAAAGGAUCAAUCAGAAUAUAGUCUUGUCUUUGAUGAAAAUCCAUUGAACGAUUUUGUGGAAUUACCAGAAAAUAUCAAACAAAAACGAUUGUAUUAUUCUAAUAUUAUUUGUGGAGUUAUCAGAGGUGCUUUGGAAAUGGUUUUGAUGCGUGUUGAUUGUGAAUUUAGAAAAUGUCCAUUGUUAGGUGAUGAUCAAUCUGAAAUUCGUGUGAGAUUGAAGGAAUAUUUACGUGAAACUGUUCCAGCAGAAGAUUAA